UGUGUGUAUACACUGCCUGUGUGUGUGUUUGGGUGCCUAUGUGUGUGCAGGGCGGGGGUCAGGCCUCCAUUUUUACCAGGAGGUCUGCAGCAGCUGUCCACUGGCAUGCAAGAGGGAGCGCCACAGUGGUGAUACAGGGGUUCAGAAGUGAACCGAGGCAGCUCCGUGCAGAUUGAUCCAGGAAGAUUUACUCUCACCAUCUUCGGCCCGUCAAGGACCUGCAGCCCUAUCAUGGCGGAUCAGUACCAGUACAACACCAACACCAAUGAGGAGAAGAUUGUGAAGGAUAGCCACACCAAGGAGAUUGAUUUAAUUAACAGAGAUCCCAAGCAGAUCAAUGAGGACGUGGUGAAGGUGGACUUUGAGGAUGUCAUUGCAGAGCCUGAUGGUACACACAGUCUGGAUGGGGUGUGGAAACUCAGCUACACCACCUUUACUGUGUCCAAGUACUGGUGCUACCGCAUCUUGUCUGCUGUCUUCGGUAUCCCUGUUGCUCUGCUGUGGGGCUUCCUGUUCGCAUGCAUCUCCUUCUGCCACAUCUGGGCCGUGGUUCCCUGCAUCAAGAGCUGUCUGAUUGAGUCGCAGUGCAUCAGCCGCAUCUACUCUCUCUGCAUCCAGACCUUCUGUGAUCCCUUCUUUGAAGCCCUGGGCAAGAUCUUCAGCAGUGUGCGUGUUGCACUGCGCAAAGAAGUCUAAGAACUCACACAGUAGUGUUUAUAGUAUGAUCGGAUGAAGUGUGGUAUCUUUUUAUACACCAGAAGAUCAGUCCUGGCAUCUUGCUUACUCCCUGAUACUCCUCCUCCACCCUUCAUAAUAUGCUGUUCCCCGCCCACCCAUCCUCAAGCUCUCAGCACUGAGUCCUGACAUGCCCGGUGUGCCACCAGAAGCUCCGUGACAGCUGCAGCAGGCAGCGUGGUUCUGUGACAGCUCUGGCACUCCUGGAGGGCUCAGUGCUCCUCACUGAGUGAGAAGAGGGCCGCUUGCAAUGAGGAAGAUGUGUCUGCCCUCAUUUAUUUGUAUCACAGAAGCUACUCAUUCUCAACAAAUGAAAUGACCUCCCCACAAUUGCUGCACCUGUGGACAAUGCUGCCUGUAUGCAUUACAUUUGGCCAUUUUUAAAAGUUAUAUUGAUGCUGUAUAUUGCUGUGUCUGGUAUUAUUUAACUUUAUAUUGUUUUAAUUGGAUUUGACAAUCAUGUAUGUAACCUUAUUUUAAAAAUUCUAACAAAACGAAUUGAAUGGAACAUUUUUUUCUCUACAUAUUUAUUUGGUAAUUAGUGAUGACUCCAUGGUAACUAACAGAUACAUUUUCUGUUUGGAACCAACCAUGCAGAUAAUCUACUUCCUUUUAUCAAAGUGUGAUGAGUGGAAUAUUAAACCUACUUACUAUUGCACUUUUCAAGUAAGCAAGUAUGUGUAAACAAGUAUGGACCUACCUACUAAUGGAGUAAAGUAAAAACCUCUGUAUGAGACCCAUCGUAAUGUUCCACCGUGUUAUUUAUAUUAUUUAGAAAAGUAUAAUACCUUUGCUGCUAUUGUGCACCUGCAGUGAAGAAAAUGUAAUGACAUAUACAGUACAUGGGGUGAAACUAAUUUAAAGACACUUGAUGAAACCUUAUAAUAAGUAUAUUGCACCACUGGUAAAGUAUGUUCUGUGUAUUAUUUCAAUUUAUUUGGAGAGGCUUAAGAAAUACAUUUUUAAAGUUCACCAAACACUUCACCGUGUUUCAGUGAUAUCUCUUUUGCCAACUUCAGUAGAAAUAGUGACCUGGGAGCUGUGACCCACUAGAGGUUGCUGUUGUGUGUGCUUCUCUUUUGUGUGAGAUUCAUAAUUGAUGUUUCAGUGUCACCACACCCUUCUUUGUUCAUAACCUGUGUUUCUUUCUGGCUGACUCAUUCUAGUCCUCUACUGUGCUGGAAAAUGCACAGUUAGAAUUUAUAAAAGCAGAAACAGCACACUGUGUUGAAAGUAUUAUUUCACUGGUUAAUGAACUGCAUUAACCAGUGCAAUUAAGGAGCAAAUUUGCCAGAACCUGUAAAGAGACAUUAAAUAUAAAAAUACAACCAAAGUACAGCAAGUUCUCCACAAA